AUGCCCGCGUCCACUAGCAAGGGCCACCAGUACCCUGCCUACAGCCAAUACCCUACCUCUUCCAUGGACUGUGACGAAGAGACCAUGAGCCAUCACGGCUCGGCCGUCCCGUCUGUCUACUCCGCCACUUCGGCAGGCUACAUGACCGGCUCCUCCACCAGUGAUUACGACAGCACACAGUCCGCCAGCGGCGUCGACUUUCAGGAGUACAUGCAAGACCGCUACGCCAACGCCUUCAACCCCAUCCCCUUGGACCGCAGCAUGGCUGUCCAGGCUCAAUCAUCCGGCAAGCUGAACGCCAAACACCGCGAGCUCCUCGAGCUCCAGCAGCAAGCGCAGGCGCGUCUGGCGAGGACGCGCGAGCGUUUCCAGGAUGGUAUGCGUGACGCGCGCGAGGUCCGUGGCGACCUUGAGUGGACGCAGAAGAAAGUUUCUUCGCUUCAGAGCAAAGCUGCGCGCAAGCACCCUAAGGAGUACGCCAAGGCGCGCGCCAGGCAUCCUUCCCCCGAGUACUAA